CUGCAUCUCCCUGCCGGGACCAGGAGAUGCGGACUCCUGGUGCCCAGCCCAGCCAUGCUGCUGCCAAAAGGUCCCUGCGCUGCUACCGGAGACCCCGGGACUCGCCCAGCCCCUCGGCUGGCAGCUGGAGGGGUGGCCGGGGGCCGCUCUUUCAGCUCCAGUUCGGAUGGAGCUACCGGCUCUGGAGACAUCGGAAGCCGCUGGACCUGAAGAGCUUGUCCAUCAGUGGCCAGUAUCGCUCAAGGUGUUCCCACAGCUCCUCCUCCCGUUCCAGCUGUGGAUCAUGUGGCAGGUCCCGGGAGAGGUCGUCAUCCUCAUCAUCAGUGUCCUCCUACACAUCCAGAUCCACGUCCCGCAGCCAGUCCCGCUCCCCCUCGCCCCACAGGAGGUUUAACAGGCGGAGAAGAUACAGUUACGACACACAGGACCACUACCAAAGGCAGAGGAUCCUGCAGAAGGAACGUGCAAUAGAGGAGCGACGAGUUGUGUUUAUUGGCAAGAUCCCCAGCAGGAUGACACGGUCGGAGCUGCGACAUCGCUUCUCUGUGUUCGGAGACAUCGAAGAGUGCACCCUGCACUUCCGCUCUGAGGGGGACAACUAUGGCUUUGUCACAUACCGCUAUGCCGAGGAAGCCUUUGCCGCCAUUGAGAGCGGGCACAAGCUGCGGCGCCCGGACGAGCAGCCCUUUGACCUGUGCUUUGGUGGCCGCCGGCAGUUCUGUAGGAGGAACUACGCUGACCUGGACUCAAACCGGGAGGAUUUCGACCCAGCCCCUGUCAAGAGCAAGUUUGACUCCCUGGACUUCGACACAUUGCUGCGGCAGGCACAGCGCAGCCUGCGGAGGUAGCGGCAGGCAAGGCGGAGCACCCGCCCCCACUUUUAUACUCAAAUACAAAAGACAAAAAAAGUAUGGAGAGAGAGAAAUGAGAUUUUUAAGAAAAAGGAAAAGGAAAAAAAGAAAUUUGUUUUAUAACCAAUAUUUAAGGAGGACGGGUCAUUUGCCUUUGACCAGAGGAGCCCAGGCGAGUGGCAGCCCCUGGCAUGCCCCAGCCGUGUAAUAAAUGCGGAUGCCCAAACA